AUGAAAUCAUUUAUCAUCUUGAUUUGCGCUUAUUUAGUGUUUUCUAAUACAUAAAUUGCAAAUACACAUCAAUAAGAAGCAUAUUUAAUCACCAAGGGAAUCUUUGAUGCAUUUGGAGUUUAGAAUGAAUUAGAUAUUAAUCAAGUAUUUUCAAAGAUUGAAAGUAAUUAAUACUAUGAAAUUCUUUAAAAUGCAGUCAAUCUUCAAGACGAACUUACAGAAGAAUCAAUAUUGGAGGGUGUAAGAUAGAUUGGAGUUGCCUUACAAUAGAUUCCAGAUUCUAUUGACAGCUUGGAAGAAUAAACAUAAGAAACAAUUAUAAUAUCAAAAAUCUUCAAUAAUUUGUUGGAGUAACUCAGAAAUCCAUUAAGAUUCCACUUCCAAGACAACGUUGAAGUCGUUAUCAACGGUGUUAACAUCUCAUAAGACUUAGGGAAUUCAUUACUAGAAUGGGAAAGUGAGAACUAUGAACAAUAUGGUAGAGACCUUGGUACUGUAAUGAUCAGAUUAAUGCUGGAAUUAGAAAAUUUAGAGGCUGUGAUUCAUGAUUAAAGUGUUAUCUUGCUCAUUUUUGAUGGAGUUUUGGAUGGAAUCUUGGAUGCAAGUGGAAUUAAAGGAUAAGACAUUAGACAAUGCAUAGAUGGAGUCAAUCUUAUGGUCAUUGAUUUUGAAGAAUCCAUAAGACUUCUUGAGACAGGAUUACCACAUAACGUUGUUUAAUCACUUUAAAUCUUUGGAGAUGGUCUACAACAUUUCCCUCAAGCACUAGACUAAUGCAAGGCCUCCAUCAAAGAAGCAGCUAAACUAGCUAAACAACUUAGGGAAUUAAUAAAGGCUUUACAAAAUCCAGCAUCAUUUGCUUUCCACAUUGGAAUAGAUCUUAUCGUAAAUGGUAGAGAUAUCUACAGAGAAAUUUUCACUGCAGUUGAUGACUGGAAGUAAGGAAACUGGAAUGAUUUUGGAUACUAAUUAGGAAAAGCCAUGUAUUAAAUCUUUGUUGGCUUACAUGGUUAGUAGUCUUGAACAUGAAUUAUUAUUCGUCACAAAGCAAAAUAUUAUCAUAAUUUUUUAAA